AUGGGCAUGUGAAGCAGGUCAGAGCUUGUUGCUGUAGGCUGUGAGGUGUUGCAUGACGGUGGGGUGUGUGUGUGUGUGUGUGUGGGGGGGGGGGGGGGGGGGGGGGUUUGGUUCCCGCCUGUGAUGAUAAUUCACUGGAUUGCUCAGAGAAAGAGAGGGAUGCGCUGGACUCUGCAGGGGAGGAGGAGGUGGAGAGAAGGGUGCGUUGCUUGUGCACAAUUGGAGGCAGCGGGGAGUGUAGCAACGUCUGUGAGAGGCGAGAAAAAAGGAACCUGCCUGGAAUGGAGGAGCUCUAGAGCAGCACCGUCGCUGUUGUCAAGACUCUCCACGCCUCAGCCGCUUCCACACUGGUUUCUGUGUUAAUGGGAGAGAAUCUGAGCCGCUCUGAGAUGUCUGAGGUGUCACCUGUGUGUAUCCAGUGCCAACUCUGAUACGAUGCUGAGAGCAGGGAGGGCGUCCACCUCUCUCAUGCUGCCACUGCUACUGCCAUUGCUGAGCUGCUCCCACCUGUGCCACCCAGCACGGGUUCCAAAACUGUCUUCCUAUGCAAAAGCAGAGGACAAGCUGUUCAAAUACCUCUUUGGAAACUACCAGAAAUGGGUUCGUCCGGUGGAAUACUUAAACCACACCAUCUGUGUGAAGUUUGGGCUGGCUAUCUCCCAGCUAGUUGAUGUGGAUGAGAAGAACCAGUUUAUGACAACCAAUGUGUGGAUUAAACAGGAAUGGACUGACAUGAAACUUAGAUGGAACCCGGAAGAUUAUCUGGGCAUCAUGACUAUCCGUGUCCCAUCUGACAGGAUUUGGCUCCCUGAUGUUGUACUGUAUGAUAACUCAGAUGGGCGUUUUGAGGGAACUGUCACUAAAGCUGUUGUUAAGUAUGAUGGGACCAUAUCUUGGACUCCUCCAGCUAAUUACAAAUCAGCCUGCACCAUCGAUGUCACCUUUUUCCCUUUUGACCUCCAGAACUGCUCAAUGAAGUUUGGAUCUUGGACCUAUGAUGGUUCCCAGGUGGACAUUAUUCUGGAGGACUUCCAUGUUGACAAGCAGGACUAUUUUGACAAUGGAGAAUGGGAGAUAGUGACGGCCACCGGCAGCCGUGGUCUGAGAACUGAUGGCAGCAGCUCUUAUCCCACCAUCACUUAUUACUUUAUCAUUCGGAGAUUGCCUCUUUUUUACACCCUCUUCCUUAUCAUCCCUUGCAUCGGCCUGUCCUUUCUUACCAUCCUUGUCUUCUAUCUCCCCUCAAACGGUGGUGAGAAGAUUUCUCUCUGCACUUCAGUGUUGGUGUCGCUCACUGUCUUCCUCUUGGUCAUUGAGGAGAUUAUCCCGUCCUCGUCAAAAGCGAUCCCUCUUAUUGGGGAGUACCUGGUCUUUACAAUGAUCUUCGUCACACUCUCCAUCGUCAUCACAGUUUUUGCCAUCAAUAUCCACCAUCGCUCUUCUUCUACACAUCAUGGCAUGGCGCCGUGGGUGAGGAAGAUUUUCCUGCAUCGACUGCCUAAACUGCUGUGUAUGCGCAGCCACGUGGACCGCUAUGCCACAGGGGGAGAGCAGGGGUGUGUUGGACAAGGAUCAGCGAAGGACUCAGAGCCCGAGCUCACCUCUGCUCUCUACACCCGGCACAACCUCAAAGCAGCUUUGGAGUCUAUUCGCUACAUAUCCAUGCAUGUGGUGAAAGAAAAUCAGGUCAGAGAGGUGGUGCAGGACUGGAAGUUUGUCGCCCAGGUUCUGGACCGAAUGUUUUUGUGGGCUUUCCUCCUGGUUUCAAUCUUUGGCUCGGCUCUUCUUUUCAUCCCGGUUAUCUACAAAUGGGCCAGCAUCAUUGUCCCUACCCAUACUGGAAGUAUCCUCUGAGAGCCACAGUUCCAAGAACCGCAAAAGGACGAUAAGCACAUUAACAUCCUUUCAUGCCGAUGGUCGACAGUUGAAAGAAUAAAAGACAAAGGAGUUGUGUACUAAGCUCAUGCUAUAAACUCUGUUUCAGCAGUUUUUCACAAUGCAUUCAGACUGGAAAUGCAACGAAUGAAAGAAGGUUCAAGGCAGACACAGUGCAUGUAAAACAUUUUAAAAGUGUGUGCUUUUGAUGAACAAUAUUUUCCCCAAUAGAAAUGCUUUGAUGAAGAAAAGGAAUGCUCAUGGUGAUAUAAGACAAACCUAUGGUGAACACGGCUGCUUAACAGGUCAAACAAUCAAAUACACAUAUGUAUAUAUAUAUGUAUAUUUGAAAUUCAAAUUUUGGGGGAGCAAAGAUGAUUUAAAGAUAAAUUUAAUCCUGUCAACUUGUCACUCAAAUAAAUGACAGUCCAAC